AUGUCCAAAACACAUAACUUAAUCUGUGAUAAGAAAAAUAAUGCACAAAAAUCGAUAUCUGCUGCUGAAGAAAAAUUUGUUGGUGUUAUUGAUGAAGGCGUUAGCAGUACACGUUUCUUGGUUUUUUCAUCAAAAACUCAACUGCCAGUAGCCAGCCAUGAAAUAAGUGUAACCAACAUAAGCGGUUAUGAAGGAUGGGUGGAACAAGAUCCAGAGGAUAUUCUAAUUGAAGUAAAAAGAACCAUAGUUUUAACAUGCAAUAAACUCAAAAUGAUGAACAUAUCACCUUCAGUUAUUGCUGCGAUAGGCGUGACAAAUCAACGAGAUGCAACUUUAGUGUGGGACAAGUAUACAGGGUCACCACUAUACAAUGCUAUAAUAUGGAUGGAUAUGAUGACUACACAAUCAAUAGUUAAUAGAUUCAUCAACAAACGAAUUCCUAACUGUGAUACAUUGGAUGAACAAAAAAGACAUUUGCAUUACAAAUGCGGUUCGGCAAUAAAUCCAUACUUCAGUGUAGUCAAAUUGAUUUGGUUAAUGGAAAACAUACCUCAAGUUUCAAAAGCUAUUCAAGAAGAAAGGUGUAUGUUUGGUACAAUGGAUUCAUGGCUAAUUUGGAAUCUUACUGGUGGUAUAAAUGGUGGAGUUCAUAUGACUGAUGUUACUAAUGCUUCUCGGACUAUGCUGAUGAAUAUUCACUCAUUAAGAUGGGAUAAGACUUUGAUUGAAUUUUUUGAUAUACCCAAGUCUCUGAUAUUCCCCGAUAUAAGGAGUUGUUCCGAGGUAUAUGGGGUUAUGGCUGGUGGACCAUUCAUUAACACGCCAAUAUCAGGGUGCAUUGGUGAUCAUCAAGGAGCACUGCUGGGUCAGCUAUGUUUCACAGCUGGCCAAGCUAAGUGCACAUUUGGUUCUAACUGCUUUUUGCUAUAUAACACUGGUCGCAAGCCAGUGAUUUCUAAUUGUGGCCUUUUAACUACCGUCGCUUACAAGAUAGGCAAACACACCGAUCCUAUUUAUGCGCUUGAAGGAUCUGCGACUGUAGCUGAAUAUACUACUGAGUGGUUGAAAAAUAAUCUAUGGAUCAUGGAUAUUUUCAAGAGCACAGAGGCUGCUGAAGACACAAAUAAUAUUCAUUUUGUUCCUGCUCUUCCUGAACUUUAUGCACCGUUCUGGACAACUGGUACAGAUGGUAAAUGCACUGGGGUGACUAUGGAGACUACAGAAGCACAUCUAAUGCGAGACACUCUUGAAGGAAUCUGUUUCCAGACAAAAGAGGUUAUGCAAUCUAUGCAGUCAGACACUGGACAUCCUGUAAUGGCAUUGAAUGUAGAUGGCAGUAUGUCUACUAACGAUACUUUUUUGAAGAUUCUUACAAAUAUUUGCUGUCUUCCCGUAGUGCGCCCUAAAAUAUUAGAAACUACAGCUCUAGGCGCUGCAUUAGCCGCUGGUUUUGCUGUUGGCGUAUGGAAUAUAAACACUGUUGAAUCAAACUAUGACACUUUUAUCCACACUGUAUCAAAAGAAGAACAUAAAUCUGAAUGUGUUUCUCUAAAAAAAACCAUAGACCCGAAUAAAGGUUUGAACAAAAUUGAUGAAGAAAAUGAAAAUGAUGAUUUUGCUGGGUUUUAG